AUGCCCAGCGAUAAGCCCACACGUAACCUCGACGACUCCUUCACCACCUUCUUCAGCGCCACGGGCACCGGGAAGUACGUGCCCCGCGCCAUCUUCGUCGACCUGGAGCCAACCGUUAUCGAUGAGGUGAGGACCGGUACCUAUCGCCAGCUGUUCCACCCUGAGCAGCUGAUCACUGGUAAGGAAGAUGCUGCCAACAACUACGCCCGCGGUCACUACACCAUCGGCAAGUAGAUCAUUGACUCCGUCCUGGACAAGA